GGACAUUUGGCAUGUAGAUGCCGGAUGCGUUUUCUUCUUCCUGACUUGAACAGUGGUCGGGGCAAACGUGAGGAUGAUGGCGCCUCGGUGGGGAGUGCUGUGGGUUGUCUCGGUGGUUCUGGCAGUUGUUUCUGCCAAUGAAUUCAGUGUAUUAAGAACUCCUGAAUCUGUUAUAUUUCGAGAAGGAAAUUGGCCAAUUCCUGGAGAACGAAUUUCAGAUGUGGCAGCCUUAUCCAUGGGCUUCUCUAUUGAGGAAGAUCUCUCUUGGCCUGGGUUAGCAGUAGGUGAUCUCUUUCGGCGUCCGCGAGCUACUGUUCUUGUUACUGUAACUGGGAUAGACAAGCUAACAAUGCCUAAGAAUGGAAUAUCUUACCCGGUUGAAAAUGCAGUUCCCUUCAGCCUGGAUGGGGUUGCAAAUGCAAUACAUACUUUAUUUUCUGAGGAAACGCCUGUAGUUGUCCAAUUAGCUCCUAGUGAAGAAAGAGUUUAUAUGGUGGGAAAAGCAAAUUCUGUAUUUGAAGAUCUUUCUGUCACACUGCGGCAGCUUCGGAACAGACUUUUCCAAGAUAACUCCAUUCUUGCUUCCCUUCCCCUCAACUCAUUAAGCAGAAACAAUGAGGUUGAUCUCCUCUUCCUGUCAGAGUUGCAAGUUUUGCAUGAUAUCACAAACUUACUUUCUAGACACAAACAUCUGGCCAAGGAUCAUUCACCAGAUCUAUAUUCUCUAGAACUUUCUGGGUUGGAAGAAAUAGGUAAAAGAUAUGGGGAAGAUUCACAGCAGUUCAAGGAUGCUUCUCAGAUUCUUGCAGACUCUCUGCAAAAGUUUGCAGAUGAGAUGUACAACAUCUACAGUGGGAAUGCAGUUGUAGAAGUGGUAACUGUGAAGACUUUUGAUACUCCCUUUGUGAGAAAAUCCAGAUCUAUUCUACAAUCCUCAGAGAGCAAGCCUGAAAAUCCAUAUAAUCUGGGAUAUGCAUAUAACUUUAACUAUGCUGUUGUCUUCAAUAUAAUUUUCUGGAUCAUGCUUGGACUGGUGUUAGCUGUGAUUGUUAUCUCCUACAAUCUGUGGAAUAUGGAUCCAGGCUAUGACAGCAUUAUUUAUAGAAUGACCAACCAGAAAAUUAGAAUGGAUUAACCUUUAAAUGCAAAUCUAAGAGGAGAAAUGCUUUUUCAGUAUUCUGGCAGCAUUCAAUAUGGACUCUUCAUAGUGUGAAUAUUUUUAUGAAGUAUACAUUUGUUUUGUGAGGAUAUAUUAAAUGGUAAUAGUGGGUGUAGCCAAUGUUCAGAGUUGAAAACAAGCAGUACUACACAACCAUGAGCUAAUUCCAAUUAAAGUGUGCAUUUUGCUGUAGGGGUGCUUCUUUAUAUUGCUUAUGACUAAGCAAUUGUUUUCUUACACUGAAAGUUUAGGAUGUUUUCUUGAACUAUGUUAUAGAUUAAUAAAGUAAUUCAUGGGCUAAAUAUUUCAAAUGUUAGGAUUUUAAUCCUAUUAAGACUGAUAAUCCAAUGUAAAAGUUUCUUUAAGCAGAAGUACCCUUUUAAAAUACAACCUUGCUGUACCUAUAUGUAUAUUCACCCUAAAUGUUUAUUCAAAGUUACUGUGUUUCUUAAAAUAAUGAAAUUACCUGAAAGAAGAGAAAUACAUAUGGGUGCAACAUCUGUAUUAAUAAUUGUAGGAUCUUGUGGUAUUUAUGAGUAGUGAAUUCUGAUGAAAAAUUCAGUUAUAUGUCAUGUUCUUUUGUCACAUGACCAGUUAACAAAUGGUACAUAGUGGCCUGUGUUCUGUACUUGACAUGAUGUAUUUCAGUUCUUGACAUACUCUGAAAAAAAACAAAGAGGCUGAUAUUUGAAUGGAAUGUUUUAUUGGGCAUCAAAUGCUAGGUAUAACCAUAUCACUGAAGAUAGUAUAGGCCUUGACUUCAAAUAAAUCUGCUUGCAGUGCAGAAUUAAUAUUAAAUAAAUGUAAUGGCUUGAGAUGCUUGAAAGAUUGUUGUUAUGGUAACACUGCACAGAUUCAUUUACUGUAAGGAAAUGAACAGAUGUUCUACAGAGAAUAUAAAGUAUUUUGUGUAGAAAGUCAUCAAACAUUCCAUUUGUAACUGUACUUAAUUAAAUGUUAUACUAGUGUAUACAUUAAUAGUCUUUAAUUUACAAGGUUUAAUGCAUUGGUAUACUGCUAUAAUAGGGAUAUCCAACUUUCUUCUAGAUCUUGUAGCUGGCACUAUGAAUAUGCUAAGUCUUGGUUAUUUAUAUUGUUCUAGUUAAACUGUCCAGGUGUAUUUUCAGUUAAUGUAAACACAUAUAGGUAAAAAAAUUCACAACCAUGCACAUGAUUGAAAAUACUUGAAUUCUAGUUCCAGUUGGGACAAUCUUUCCUAUUGUAAAAACAGAUUUUGUUUUGUUUUGCUUUGCUUUAGCUAUAUGAUCAGAAUGGUGAAUUAUAAUUUCUUUCUGAUGAAUUUGACCUCUUUAAAAAAAACAAAUUUCUGACAGUAGUCAUUGGAAAAAUGAGGGAGUUGGCCUGCAAAUUUGAAAUUAAUCUGAAGCUUGAGAAAAUAAAUAAUAUUUGAUCUUUAACAUAUUUAAACAAGUUCCAAUUGGAAAACUGGCGAGUAAUGGAUUGAUGUAAUAGUACUACUAUUAUAUUAGUAACAUAUAGUAUUAAAAAUAAUACCAUAGGCCACUAGCAAUAAUAGCAUGAUAGGGUCAAGAAUUACACUGAUUUCCCUGUAAUAGUGUCAGUUUAUAGAUUGUUCAUUACUGAUAUGAAUAAAAAUAUUUGUUAAGAGGUGAUGUCUAUAGGUUCUAAUAAUUCAUCUAAAACAGGUGUCAAACUCUCAGCAUCCCAUUGCCAUCACGUGAUGUAUCGUGCUGUUUUUCCUCUGGAGCUGGGAUGGGUAUGAUGCAUCUGGCACGUGGGCCACCAGUUAGACACCCUGAUCUAGAGUGACAAUGUUAAGAUUUGAAUGAGAUUUGAAUUAAAAGAAAUACAUAUUUAAGCCACAUGUGAAAUGAAUAAUUUCAAUACUAAUAGAAUUGAUCAGUGUUAAUAUUGAUCUUGGAUAUGACAAAACAUCUACUUUAAAACUCUAAGCAUAAACUAUUUUAGCUACUACAACAAUUGAGAGAAGAUCAGUUUGCCCUAACAUUGUUGGUACAUCUGACACCAAAAUAUUGUUAACUUGGGCUAAAUUAUAAAGGAGCGUUUGAAAGAACAAGAUGUACUCAUUCAUAUUCAAGAACUUUAAUUUUACAGUUGAAGUUUGAAGAACUUAAUCAAAUAUUGUUCCUCUAAAUAUUAGUCCUAUACUGUAUUAGAAUCUUUUGAAAUGUCUGCUUCUGGUUGCGACUUUCAAAUAAUCAUGCAUGCAUUAUCGGAUGUUUAAUUUUUAAAUUUCUGAAUUAUGUGAUCUUUUAUAGCAUAUCUGUUGGUAGAAUAAUGAAUAAGAUCUUUUUUUAAAAAAAUGUUCUUCUAUAUUCAUACCCAGGUAAUCAUAAAGUAUGCCAUGUAUUUUCUGCACAAUUAUCCAAUACUGAAAUCCUUUUUCUCAAUCCUUUGGGAAAAAAGUACUAUUUAGUUCAAGAGGGUUUGUUCCUAUAUGUAUGGAGAAAACUACAGCCCUUUACCUACUAGAUACUAUUUUUUAGGUUCAAUCUAUUGUUUGGAAAACAAAAAGAAAUAUAUGUGAUUACUGAG